UGGUGAUUGGUGUACUUUGAUGUAGGUGAGUGAUAAAAUGGUCCCUAGUGAACUGGUUAAGCUGAUAGAGAUACUAAACCCUCAGAACAAGCCUGGAAGGAUUACAGUUAUAGUGAGAAUGGGAGCUGAGAAUAUGCGUGUUAAGCUUCCUCACUUGAUCAGAGCAGUACGUGGAGCUGGUCAGAUUGUGACUUGGGUUAGUGAUCCAAUGCACGGAAACACAAUCAUGGCUCCAAGUGGGCUAAAAACUCGUUCUUUCGAUGCAAUCAGGGCUGAAUUGAGAGCAUUCUUUGACGUGCAUGAUCAUGAAGGGAGCUUCCCUGGUGGAGUUCAUUUAGAAAUGACGGGACAAAACGUGACAGAAUGUGUCGGAGGGUCACGCACCAUCACUUACAAGGACCUAAGCUCACGUUACAACACUCACGGUGACCCAAGGCUCAACGCUUCUCAGUCUCUUGAGCUUGAGUUCAUCAUUGCAGAGCGUCUGCGAAAAAGAAGGCUCUAUACUAAAAGUUGCUAAGUUUUCAGUAAUCGAGUUUAUGUACCAAUGUGAAACAUUGUUGUUUGUAUGUUGGGGCUAUGCUUUGUUUCAUUAAAAUAUUGUGAGUGGUCGACUUGUUAAAUCAGUUCUAAAUAAAGAACGAAAGUUGUAAAAUUUGACUCUGUUACAACGAAAAUUAUUUGACUCUGA